AGUAUCUGAUGAACUUUUACUAUGUUUCGCUUGUAUCAUUUAUGAUUAAAAUACCUUAAAUUAGCGUAAAUAAAGAAAGGUCAAUUUUGUGACCUUGACCCCAUGACCCCUUGCCUAGCUACAACAAACACAUGUAGGACAAGGAGCAAUAAACUACUCAAGUAGCUGAUAAAAUACUUUAAUUUGAUUUCUAAGUGGCGCAAGACUACAAAUCUGUAACCAUGUCGGUUUAUAUGCCACCUAUUGACCGUAAGAAACCAGUUGACAACAAAUAUGAACCAGACACUUUCCGAGUUAUUAGCAUGGAUGCAGAAUUAGACAAUCGACCAGAGGUUGUAAGUCAUUACAUGAAAUGUUUUGAAAAAUCCCCAUAUAUUGGCGGUCCAGUCGCAGAAACGCGACCCAGAGAAGAUCAUAGACUAAAUAAUCCUCACCCCACAAGUUGUGGAUUUUUGCGCUCAAAUGUCAAACUUCUGAUGGACCCGGUGUGUGAUGUUCACACAAUAACUACUCAACAUGAACAGGACUCCUGGUGGCCACACAGGGAAUCACAAUCAAAGCUCAAAGUGCCAGAUCAUACACUAGAUACAACAGCCAGAAAAGACUUUCAAUAUCGUGGAGAUGGAAAACCCCAAGCCUCAAAACAUUGUAAUCCUGAAAAGAAUGCUGCUUUGGGUGGAGUUCCAGUCAAUUUCAUGAGAGAAAGGGAUGGCAAACAGAGGUUUAUCAAAGAAGGGAUUUCCUAUGAACACCAGUACAACAGCCGCCUGGACCCUCAGUACCCCAUUAGAGGAAAAAGACAUGGUAGUUUUGUGUGGAGUCAGAUGUCUGAGGAUAAAGUGAAAGAUCUGCUUCAUCACUAUGGCAAUGAGUACCUAAACAACAAAACAAACAAUGGAAAUAAGAAAUCUACGAAAACUUCUGCCUCCAGUGCUAGCCGAUCCGUUACCCUCCCCUCUACUGCUCAAUCUGGAGGUCAGGGUCUCCCUGAUGUUUCGAGUUAGAUCAGAACAUGCAGAGUAAACAAUAAAGUACAGCAGAUUUAAUCAUCAAAUAUUGGCUUAGUCGAUCCAGACCAUGCAGAGUUACACAAUUUUGGACAAAAUCUUCAUGCAGUUAAUUAAAUGCAUGGUUAGGGAAUUGAAUAUGACACACAUAUAUCCGAUUGUUUCCAUAGCAAUGAUAGUAGUCUCAAACCAUACCAGAUGAAAAUAUUUCAGUCCUCCAGCUAUUGUCAGUCUUGCAUAAAGAACUUCAUUAGGUUUUAUUUUCCAAAUUUGCCACAUAAUCACAGGGGGAAGAAGAUGAUAUGUUGCUGAAGAGGGUACAUUCUUUAUUCAAGAUAUAUGUGAUUGUAAAUAAUCAUAUCCAUUUUACAUAAAGCCAAUAGAGCUAUGAAGACUUAGCUUCGCUGACAUAUUUUGAUAAUACAUUAUGAAGUAUUUCAAUUGUUGUGCCUUGGGUGAAACUGUGUGUAACAUGUGUGUUUAUAUAUAUGUUUUGUAUGAAUGCAGGCCCAUAGCCAGGGGGUUCCGGGUGCGAGGCUCCCCUCCCCUAGGCCAAAAAUUCCUCAUAGUCAUGUAUCAUGCAUGCCCCCCCCCCCUAGAUCUACCAGUUACCUUGACAAAAUCUGGCUACGGGCCUGGAAUGUGUCUUUCAUGUUAUAAUUAUAUAAUAACUCAAUCUUGGAAAGC